AUGAUUUCAGUAGAAGAACAAAAAACCAUCAACGAGCUCCAGGCGAAUUGGGUCUGGAUUCCAAAUUGGCUUGAUUUUUCGGACCAGAACACUGCUGGCAAGAUUGUUCACUUCAGUCGCUCAGUCAAUUUGCCUUCGCGACCGAAGCAGUCACUCCUUCAUUUCUCAGCUGACACCCGAUACAAGCUCUACGUCAAUGACCAACAUGUUGCGGUUGGACCGGCUAGAAGCAGUCCCUUGAUUUGGUACUAUGAUACACUGGAUAUUGCGCCCUAUCUGAAAGAAGGUCACAAUGAGAUCCGAUUCGUGGUCGUUCGAUAUUUCGCGGCAUCGAGGAGUGCGAUGCCUUUCGAGCGGACUGCUCUUCCGGGAUUGACUGUCACCGGAAACAUCAAAACUGACACCGAAGUCAUUGAUCUGAAGUCUACAGGAGAUUGGGUGGCGUGUGUAGAGGAGAGCAUCCAAUUCCCAACGGGGCUGCCUGAUGAUGUGUUUCUCCAUAUCAGCGAGCGCAUUAAGCCAACAGAGCCCAGUGCUUCAGUAAAUCCAUUUGCAUACAACAUGAAGACAUUGAAUGGUGACAUUCCACCCUGGAAUUUGCGCCCGCGCUCUAUACCGAUGCCCGAGUCAGAGGCAAUCGCUGUCAGCACCGUAAGGGCGUGUAAGAGCACCGUCGACACUGAGAACUGGACAGCCUUUCUCUCUAAACAGAGUCAACUCACUCUUCCUGCAAAUUCGGCCCAUACACUCGAGGUUCAGGCCGAUGUCCACUCAACUGCAUUUCUCCGGUGGGCGUUCAAAGCAAUCAAACACCCAUCUCAAAUCCAACUGCGGGUCACAUACUCAGAAGGAUAUGAACUGGAGCCUCGGUCCUAUCCGUUCUUCCGGUCCAAGGCUGAUCGGCUGGAUGCAACCGUUGGCCAUAUCAUAGGCCCAUAUGAUGAGGUUACCCUCGACCUUCCUGAUACCCAGAGCGUCAUCUAUGAGCCCUUCUGGUUCCGCACUUUCCGUCUGAUGCAGAUUGAGAUCACUGUUGGACCUGAGCCAGUUGAAUUAGUCUCGUUCGAUGCGACUCAGGUCAACUAUCCCAUGGCAGUCAAGGCAAGUUGGAAGCAGCCUGGUGAUCAACAGAGCGAGGAUAUCUGGGAUGUGUCCAUCCGGACUAUGCGCAACUGCAUGUUCGAUGGGUAUUCCGAUUGUCCAUUCUACGAACAACUGCAAUACUCCGGAGACAGUCGUUCAGUCGGCCUAUUCCACUACCUCUUAUCCGGCGACGAUCGUCUCAUGCGACAAGCCAUCGCAAACUUCGCUGCUUCAGUAACACCACUAGGCCUGACCCAGUCUAGGUUCCCCUCGCACGUUCCGCAAGUUAUUGCAGGUUUCUCCCUCUAUUGGAUCUUGUCAGUCUGCGACCAUCACCUCUUCUUCGGCGAUACACCCUACGCUCGUUCAUUCAUCCCUCGCAUCGAUGGAAUUCUUGACUUCUUCGACGCUCACGUGGACGAACUGGGACUUAUCAGUGGGCUUCCCGAGGUGGUGUGGCAAUAUGUCGACUGGGUGACAACUUGGGGCGCAACAGACGAGCAUCCCGACAAGGGCGUUCCUACUUCGGGGCGAAAGACCAAUCGACAUACAUACUUCAGCAUGCUAUAUGCGUGGGUUCUCCAGAAAGUUGCCAGACUCGUGCGUGAUGUUGGACGACCGGGACAUGCGGCUGAGUACGAGGCCCGCGCUGCAUCACUUCUACUGGCCAUUCGAGAGAAUUGCUAUGAUGGGUCAUUCUUCACAGAUUCGACAGUCGAUGUAGCCGAUGAACAGUCAUAUUCCCAGCAUUGCCAGAUCUUUGCAGUUAUCUGUGGAGUGAUAAAGUCCGAGGAAGAGGCCCGACGAAUCUUAACCGAAUCUUUCACGAACGAUCGCUUCUCGAAGUGCUCAUAUAUGAUGCGCUUCUAUGCUUUCCGGGCACUGGCACUAGCUGGAGAAGAUCUUUACGACUCAUUCUGGGAGCCUAUGUGGGUACCCUGGCGUGGGAUGCUUGCUAACAAUCUUUCAACUUGGGAAGAAGAUGAUGUUAGACAACGCUCUGACUGUCACGCCUGGGGAAGUGUACCGAUCUAUGAGUAUUGUACUGAGUUGGCGGGUGUACAUCCCGUUGCUUCGGGGUCUUCGAAGAUAUCCUUCAAGCCUCGGCUUCGACUGACCAAGGAUUUGGAGGCCAAGGUUGCUGUAGGAAAGGAUAAUCUCGCAAGCAUCUCAUGGACGACUGGUUCUGAUGGUGAGAAGAUCGUGGAACUGAAACUCGAAAAAGCCGUUGAGGUUGUGAGCCAGCUACCAGGAGGGAAGAACGAGGAGCAUGGUAUUGUGGAUUAUAUUAGAUUGUCAUAUCGGCUCGAAUAG